AUCCAUAUUGUAAUUCAGUAGCACCGUGUAAAUGAGUAAUUAGUUUAAGUUUUUUUUUAUUUUUUUAUUAUUUAUUUUUUUUUUCAUUUUACCCUAGUUAUUAAAUAAAUAAUUGUGAACCCCUGUGCACGCUAAGAAAGUUUAAGAAAUCUAUAGAGAGGGAGAUUGAGGAGCUAGAGCGAGAAAGUUCACGUCCGAGUUCUGCCAUUUAAGAUUCUCUCUGUAAAAAUUCCAAGUUUUAGAGAGAGAAACAGACACACACGGAAGAGCUGAAGUCGAUGGCUACGGCACCCGAGAGAUUAAGGCCUCUCCACACCUUCCCAUUGCCGCGCUUGAGAUGGGGCAACCAGAGGUUGUUCCGAUGCAUGAAAGUGAACGCCGACGGUGACUUUCCGUCCGAUCGCAGAUUAUCACCUUCCGAAGCCGAAUCGGACGGCUGUAAUCGAAUCACAGAAGGAAAUUCUGUGAUCAAACGCAGAUCACCGAAUAUCCCGGAGAAUUUCUUGAAAUCGGCAUUAAAGCCAAUCGACGGCGACAUAGUGCGCACACCUCGCAAGGAUGGGGAAGAUAACGGAAUCGGAAUCGAAGCCGUUCGCGAGAAACUCAUGUUCGAUUUCCGACUCGCCGCCGAUAAGAUGAAAGUUUCAAUUGAGAAAGAUUUCGAACUCCCGACCUCGGCGAGACCAUGGAAUUUGAGAACUCGAAGAGCAGCUUGUAAAGAGCCUAACAAUUCCGCCGCCACCGGCGGUAGCGCAAAGGGAGCGAUCUUGAGGGGCGAAGAGCCGCGGAGUAGUAAUGGUAAGCCGUCGCCGGUGAUAGCCGAGAGUCCGAUGUCGAAGGCCAAAUCGAGUCGAAUGGGAGGAUUGGCGGCGGCAGCUAGGACGGCGCAGUGUUUGGAGAAGAGAGAGCAGUUGGAGCGACCUAGGUUUUCGAUUUCUCUUUCCCAAGAAGAAAUUGUGAGUGAUUUUUUGGCAAUGACGGGAACGAAGCCGAAGAGAAGACCGACGAAGAAGAGGCCAAAGAUAGUUCAGAAAAAUUUGGACUCUGUUUUUCCAGGCUUGUGGUUGACCGAAGUAACAUUAGAUCAAUACAAAGUUCCUGAUUUCCAAGAACCAAGAAAGAGGGGUAGAAUUGAAGAACAGAUGGGUUCUGGGAAGUUCAAAUUACUUUUUGAAUGCUGAUUGCUGCUGGUGCAAUUUGACCAAACUUAAUGGUAAUAAACUCUUACCAUAUAUGGAAAUUGGGAAUUCAAUAAAGGAUUUGGAGUUGCUGAUCAUAUAUUCUGCUACUUCAACUUUUAUUUUAGAGGCUGAUUUGACUUCAUUGUUUUAUUCUUUUGAAAUGUUACAAGUUUUGCAAAUUAAGUGAAGGAUAUGUGGUAUUCUUUGAUGGAAGAAAGAAAAUGCUGUAGCAGUUUGUACUCAUGGUUUAAGAGAAGACUGAGAAGUUGACUACAAAGAGCAGAAACUAUUUGCCUUUGGGUUUUUCUUUAUGUAAUAUAGAUAUAUUUUCUGAGGAAUUCAUGUUCCACGGUAUUAAAUUGUUGUAAGGCUGCAGCUUUGGAGCAAUGUUUUUUUGAUAUGAAAGUAAAAGUAGUUAUAUGUUUUUUGUGGCACAA